CUCGGGAGGCGUCGGAGAAGGAGGCAGCCAUGGGCUGGCUCGACGGGGCGCUGCGAGCGGGACGAGGCCGAGGCGGGCGGCCACUGGCGCCGCUGGAGCUGCUGCUGCUGCUGGGGGUGGCGACGGCGACGGGCGCGGCCAGAGAGCCGCCAGACGAGUGCUUGUUGCCCCGCGUGGUGGGCCGCUGCCGGGCUGCUUUCCCCAAGUGGUGGUACAACGCCUCCGCCCAGCUGUGCCAGGAGUUCAUCUUCGGGGGCUGCGGAGGCAACUCCAACAGCUUCUGGUCGGAGAAAGAGUGCUUCCGGACCUGUGUCCCAGGUGGAGAAGAGGCCGUGACGGGCACUCGGCUAACCAACCCAGGAGGGGCAGAGAGGCCUGCCACGGAGGCCGUGCCCACCUCCGGCCCCCGUCGCCCCCCUGCGGAGGACACGAUCCGCUUCCAAGAAUUCUGUGCCGCUCCGCGGGUGACGGGCCACUGCCGGGCCUCCUUCCCCCGCUGGUUCUUUGACACGGAGACCCAGAGCUGCAAGAUGUUCAUCUACGGGGGCUGCGGGGGCAACAGCAACAACUACCUCCUGGAGGAGGACUGCCUGGCCCAGUGUGCAGCAGGAGGCCAGCUGCCCAGGGAGCCAGAGGAGGACCUCAACACACACGGCCCCCUUUUCCCCGACGCAACGCUGCAUUCCACCAGAGCUGUGAUUCUGGCUGUGCUCCUGGCUCUCCUGCUGGCCGCUCUGGUGCUGGUGGGGGUGAAGAUCUGCCGCCACGGCCGGGAGCCCUCGCUCAGCACCGUCUGGAGCACCACUGUGGAGGACAAGGAGCUCCUGAUGAGCAGCGGCUACACCCUCUGAAGGGGUGGGGGCGGGGGGGCGCACUCUGGGGGCUGUCUCUAGCACAUGCUCUGUGGGAACAUGGAUCAUCAACCUCUCCUCUGCGUCUGGUCUUUGGCUUCCGGCUCUUCUGCACAGCUCCCUCCUCCUGCCCCGGGGCUCUCCCCCUCCCCCCACUGGGGAGGGGGGCUGCCUUCUGGCUAUGACCAGGAUGUGAGGGAGGCUGCAGGGGGAGAGAAGUGCCCCCCACCUGUCCUGUUGGCACCAUCUGCAAGGAGGCCCACCUGGGAGGUGUCAGCAAGCCCCUCCUCUUCUGAGGCCGAGGUGCAAGCAGGGAAAGGCUCAACGGGGUGGGGGUCACAUCUCCAGCCUCCUCUGCCUCCCCCCAGGAGGGAAGUCUCGGCCAGGUCCAGCUGCUUCGGGGGGGGGGGGGGGCUGCCUGUGGAAGGUGGGAGUGAGCUCUGCUGAUGCUGCUGUUUCCCCCCUGCUAGCCCUUCCUCUCAGCCUCUGUGGGGCCAGGGGGUCUGCUCUCAGGCGGGGGCUGUAGGGCCUCUCUGUGGCUCACCCCCUUCCCUACAAGAGAGGGCCAGCAGGCUUGGUGAUGGGACCUCCGGAGAGGCGCCGACGAGCACCAGGCUGCACUGACUUCUGGUUGAGCGCCACUGAAUGCCAUGCUUCUGACGGACACCGGCUUCCUUCUGGAGCAAAACCAGCCGCUGAGGUGUUUCCUAGGAGGAGGUGGGGGCCAGGGGCUCUCAGGACCAGAUGCCUGGGGCAGGAGAGGGUGGGCUCUUCUUGUGCCUGCCGCUGAGCGCAAACGGGGGGGGGGGCUCCUGAGGACAGAGCCUGGCCCUCUCCUCUCUGGGGGGAGGCCUUUGAGUAGAAGAUGGUUCUCCGUUGCCCUCCUUGCGUUCCCUUCCAGCACAGCCCCCUGCCCAAGCCCUGCCGGGUGCAGCCUUUGAGCCACUGCCUGCCCCUUUGCCUCCAAGGGGCAGCCAUGGGGCAGGGAGGCGCCCCGAGUGAGGAGUGGAAGAGGAAGAGCUGCCUCUGCUGGAGCCGCUUCCGUGUGCUGCAUGUGGAGGAUUUUUAUACUUUUUUAAGAAAUUGAAACUUGAUUGUGUGAAAUAUUUGUGGGAUGAUCCUUUUAAUACCAGAAGGUCUUUGAAUAAACCAACAAAAGGAA